UCAUUUCAGAGUGGCGUGUGUAUAUUGACACAGAGACAAUAAUACAAAAAAAUCAAAUAAGGAUCUAUUCGUUCGUCCUUAAAGCACUCGGUGUAUUUUUGUGUAUUUUUUCUUCUUUUCAUUCUAAGCUUUGUUUGAUUGACAUAACUUAGUUUAACUUGAGUGUACAUUGUGUUAAAAAGGAACACACAUCUUACUGUGAUUUCAUAGAGUGGAUAACCAACAACAACAACAGCAACAGCACCAAAAAGGAAAAAGGAUUACGCAAAAUGUCAAGGAUACCGUCAUUAUUGUUAUUCGUCACUUUUGGAAUUUAUGCAAACGCCCGGACACUGCAUUCGUUGAAUUUGAAUCAAGCCACAGCACAAUUGGUGCAGCAGCAGCUUCAGGGAUCACAGGAAAAUGCAAUCGGAGCUAGAAUCACAUCAUCGGAGGAUUAUGACAACCAUCCGCAAUAUAGUUUCUCAUAUGAUGUCAAGGAUGCAGUGACAGGUGAUGAUAAGCAACAGGAGGAGAAGAGAGAUGGUGACUUAGUUCGUGGACAGUACUCUCUUGUAGAACCAGAUGGCACUCGUCGAAUUGUUGAAUACACUGCUGAUUCCAUCAAUGGAUUUAAUGCUGUAGUAUCAAAGCAAGUUCCUGAACAAGCAACCUUAUCACCUAUUGAAGUUGUGCAGGCCCAAGCUCAAGCCCGUGUUGAUGCUGCCCAGGCUCAGGCUGAAGCACAAGCCAAUGCUGCUAUUGCCCAAGUUCAAGCUGAGGCCCAGGCUCAAGCUGAUGCAGCAGCGGCUCAAGCCCGUGCUGCUGCUGAAGCCCAGGCUGCAGCUAUUGCUGCUGCUCAAGCUGAAAGUGCAGCUCAAGCUCAAGCCGAAGCUCGUGUCCAGGCUCAACAAAUUAUCGAACAAUUCCAACAGCAAAUGCAAGAAGAACUCCAACAGCGUCGUCAACUCCAACAGCAACAACAAACUCAGUCAAUUCAGACAUCAACCCUCCAGAGCCAAAAUCGUCUUUCCAACAGCCAAGCUCUGCUCCUUUCUCAAGAUCUUCCAUCCCAACUUCUAGGACAAACUGUACACUCAAGUGUCAUUUCUCAUCCUCCAACUUUGGUCACCCGAACACCCACCACCAAUGUGUUUGCCAAGUCUUCAGAUAUCGCCGCCUUGGACAGAAAUAACCGUCGAACGAUAAUCAUUGAACGUUUACCUCAGCCAAAGACCAUCAUUAGCCGACCACCAACUGCAACCAUCCAAACUCAACUCCUUCAAUCACCAUUGGUGAUAACACGACUGAAUAACGGUAUUGGAACUCGGGCAGGACAGAUUUUGACCCUUGACACUGGAAAGAGUAUAAGUUCAACUAUCACCACAAGUCUGAGCAGUGCUCUAGGAAGCAGAACUUUGACAAAUGGAAGCAUCAAUGGUGGUGGAAACAGUACCGACAUCGGGAAUGGAAACUCGAGUUCUGAACUUCAACGAACAGAUCAAGAAACGAGUCAGAAUGGCAAUGAUAGCAAUAGCCGUCAAACUAGCAGCAAUGUUAACGGAAAUGGAAAUUCAAACGGCAAUGGAAAUGGUCAGUCAAAAAAUGGCAACGGAAACGGAAAUGGUAGAAGUUCACAUUAGUCACACAGAUUGACUUUUGAACAACGAAAAAAUAUUGUGAUACCAAAACAGGCAAAGAGUAAGCGGCAUUUUCUGCAUCCAGGACAAAUCCAGUUGACAUAAUUCCAUUUAUUGUUAUUUAUAUAGAAACAUUAACUUAGAAACUAAGAAUACUCGUAUACGAGUAUGUACUAAAAAUAAAAUUAGUUAACAAUUGAAUCAGUGUUGCCACAUACAUUGAUUAGGUCGCACGUUAUAGAGCACAAAAGGAACAAACAAGCAAAACUAAAAAACACAAUUGUAACGAGCGCUCGUCCCUUAAUCAGCACACAUCACAUUUAACGAAGGAUUACAGUGAAAUUAAGUUAAUUGAGAAAAUUAAAUAACUCCAAUUAAUGAUGUUGUAUGACCAUCCCAGGAGGCAGCUCGCACCCAAAGCACCAUCAUCACUGUGUUAUCGAACAUACUAAUAUUUUUUUAAUUUUUUUAUAAACUAAUAAUAAUUUUUUACUAACACGAAAGAAAUAAAGACUUUUUAAAUUUGUUUUUAUUUUUAAGUAACCCAAAGUGUGUUCAAUAAGUAAUUAACAAAAAUAUAUAAUAUUGAAACUAUACAAUUAAAUAGUAUUUAGCUUUAAUUUAAUUUUAAGAAUGCAUUAAUAAAGAAAUUUCA